CCUAUAGUGAAAUUAUCAAAGAAGCAAAGCAACAUAGUGCACAACACCAGGGGAAACAUAAUCCAGAUGUUGUAAUGCACAUAUGGGACUGUGGGGGGCAGCCUGUGUUUCUUGAUAUUCUUGCUGCAUUUCUUACCCCUCGCACAAUGUUUCUUCUUCUUUUUGAUGCUUCCUCUAAUCUUGAGGAAAUGUACCAAGAAAAAUGGCACCACAAUGGUAAACCUAUUAUGGGAAGGGAGCAUAAAUAUCACAAACUUGCAGCUAUUGAUACAAUGGUUGCAACUAAUCCAUUCUUCCCUUAUUGAAAAGAAAGAGCACUCGCCACUUCAGGCCAGUCUAAGCUCUGAUAUUAUUCCAAAGUUUCCUCGAGCCAUGCUUGUUGGUUCACGGAAAGACCAAAUAACGCCAGAGGAAGAAGAGGGUGUAAAGUCUCAACUUCAGUCUGCCUUUGAUUAUGCUUCAUUUAGUAAAAUUAUAGUUGACAAGCUCCUUGUUGACAACACUAAGGCUGGGAAGGGUAAGGAAGAAGAUCCUGGGUACAAAAAAAUUCGUGAAAAUAUCAAUGAAUUUGCAAAAUCGCUUGUGGUAAACACUCCACUGGCCUGGGUUACUUUCAGGCAGGUUUUGCAAAAGGUUGCUGAGGAUAAGCCAAUUCUUUUAUACAGUGAAGUUGUUUUCAUUGCCGAGCAAUGCAAAAUUCCUACGGAGGUUGUACCAAGUGUGCUUCAAUUUUACCACCAGUUAGGUGCACUUUUACACUAUGCGAAUGUACCAUCUCUUGCCACUACAAUAAUAGUUGAGCCACAAUGGCUUAUUAACCAGUUGCGACUUCUGCUAAUGCCAGAUUGGUUUGGUCACCGACCUGACCAUCUGAAACUGUUUUGGAAGUGGUUUGAAGAAAGAGGUGUUGUUGUUGAAGAGUUAUAUCAGGAAAUAUGGAAAGAUUGUGGGCUAGAGGGGGGCCCACAAGCUUUUGUUGAUGUUCUUCUUCAUUUUGAUCUUGCAACCGAAAUAAAUGAAUGUCCAUAUGACAUGAUGUCUAGCAGAGGCAAAAAGUAUUUCAUGCCUUGCAUGUUGAAAGUAAAGCCUAAAUCAGAAUCAACAGAAAAUUCAGAGCCACCACAAUUCAAGCCUGUACGCGAAGCAGCUACUCUCUAUAUGUGUUUUAGUACAGGUUAUGUACCGCCUGGUUUUUUUGUCCGAUUAGUUGCACACAUGUCUAACCAGGAAGGUUACACACCACUUUUAAAUAAAGAGGUGUAUCGAAAUAGUAUUUUGUUUAAGUGCAGAAAUAUUGACCGAAUAAUUGUGUCCGAAUCACUGGAAAGCAUAUCUGUCAGGUUUUUUCGAGUGGCAGAGCGAAAUAGACACAAUAUUAGAUUUGCUGAGUCGUGCAUUUUGCUACAGAGGGAGCUGGUUAGCAUGUGCAAGAAUGUACGUGACUGGAUGCCGUGUGUUACAUUCAACUUGGCAUUUCCAUGCACAUAUUCACAAAGUGCUCCCAGGCACUUCGUAGUAUUGAAGCCUGGUGUUUCUUGCGAGUCUGAUCUUUUUUGUACUCUUGACCAUAAGUUUGAACUGUCUCCUCAGCAAAGGUUCUGGCUACCAUUUCCAAGUGAAAUUCCAGUGCAUGUGAGUGUGGCCCAUUUAAUAUCUCUACUAUGAUUUAUUUAAUUAUUGUGUCGUUCUAUGCAGCCUCCUGUUGAGGACGGUUCUCUGACUGAAACUGAAAUGAAGCUUGUGGCCAAGGAGAUAGAAAAUGAUUUAUCUGAUGUUGUUGAAGAAAUGGAGAUGCAAUAUACACUCAAAAAAAUUGCAAGGGCCCCGAGAAGGAGCAGGGAGCCAGCAUAUGCUGUCAUCUCUGAUUUUGUUGAGGGUGAAGGUGGUACUCGUUAUGAACUUGCUCAACUGUUAGAUAAUGCCGGCUUUGAUGAGCUAUCAAGGAAACUACUUAAAGGCCAGUUAAUUCAAGGCAGUCAACAAUAUGCUGAUCCGUUAAGAGAUACUCCCACUCUACCACAACUAAUGGCUUUUCCAAUGCUAGAUGGUAGUAAAAUUAACAUUCUUACAAGAAUUGGUGUUCGCUACAAUGUUUUUGGACCAUUCCUGCUAAAUGAUAAUGAUGGAUCCAUAACGGAUGCCCUGAAGGAGUCGUGUAUGAGAGAAUCGCAUGCAAUCAACCAAGAAAUUUCGAAACAGUGGUUGCAAGGUAAAGGGAAAUGGCCGAUAACAUGGGUCACCUUUCUCAGUGUAUUGAAAGAAAUGGAUAUGAAAGCCCUUGCCUUUGAUAUUAUGUCGUCUCUCCUGGGUCUGUCCCUCCGGGGUAAGUCGUCCCCCCAGGGGCGACACUAAUUAUUCCUCAAACAGUGUACAUAAUUGGCUGUCUUUUGUGUUUAGUUAGCUACCGGGUAACAACUGUUCCCCUAUACUUGCCUUUACAUACGUAAUUUUGUUUUUUGUAAUCCAGCUUUUUUAGCGUCUUGUGUUUGUGCAUAGCCUUCAACUCAGUAAAUUCUCAACUGAAGAGAAAUAAAGUCCUUUUUCACACAAUUCCCUUUGAAAUAUUGUAUCGAACUUCAAGUGCCUAGACAAUUCCAGUCUCUUGCAAAAUGUGCAACAACCUAAUGAAAAUUGUUCUGAAUAACUGGAAAUGUGUACUAAAAGCAUUCAACCAUCAAACUGUUUUAUCACUCCAAAGUUACUUUUACUUCCUCUUUCGAAAUACUAUUACAAAUGCCACACAUUUAAUGACCAAGAGCGAGCAGUUCAAUAUAUUGGAAUGAAAUUCACAUUAACAC